CAGGAAUGAAUGAAACAUGGUAGCAGCUUUCCUUAAGACACCUCUCGUUUCUCUCUCUAGCCCUGAAAUCACAUGAAGCUGUGGGUGGAGAUUCACCUGAUAGUCCUAGAAACCCCUCUCAGCCCGAGGGCCAUGAGUAACCAGACUCUGGUAACAGAAUUUAUCCUGCAGGGCUUUUCAGAGCACCCAGAAUACCACAUGAUCUUGUUCAGCUGUUUCCUCCCCCUCUACCCUGUGGCCCUCAUAGGUAAUAUCCUCAUCAUUUUGGCCAUCACCUUCAAUCCCGGGCUGCACACCCCCAUGUACUUUUUUCUCUUCAACUUGGCUACUAUGGACAUCAUUUGCGCCUCCUCCAUCAUGCCCAAAGCACUGGAGGGUCUGGUAUUGGAGGAGAGCUCCAUCUCCUAUGGGGGCUGCAUGGUCCAGCUUUAUUUCCUCACAUGGGCUGCAUCCUCUGAGCUGCUCCUCCUCACAGUCAUGGCCUAUGACAGGUAUGCAGCUAUCUGCCACCCCCUGCGUUACAGCACCAUAAUGAGCAAGACAUUCUGCAGCAUGCUGGCUGCAGGUGUGUGGAUUCUCUGUGCCUUCAACACGGCCAUCCACACUGGGCUGAUGCUGCGCUUGCAUUUCUGUGGCCCCAAUGUCAUCACUCAUUUCUUCUGUGAGGUUCCUCCUCUGUUACUUCUAUCCUGUAGCUCCACCUAUGUGAACAGCAUCAUGAUUGUCCUGGCUGAUGCCUUUUAUGGAAUAAUAAACUUCCUGAUGACCAUCGUGUCAUAUGGCUUUAUCAUCUCUAGCAUCCUAAAGAUGCGGACUGCAGAGGGGAAGAAGAAAGCCUUCUCCACCUGCUCUUCCCACCUCAUUGUGGCAUGCAUGUAUUACACUGCUGUCUUCUAUGCCUACAUAAGCCCUGUCUCCAGCUAUAGUGCAGAGAAGAGCAAGUUGGCUGGUGUGCUGUACAGCAUGUUGAGUCCUACUCUCAACCCCCUCAUCUAUACUUUGAGAAACAAGGAUGUCAAAGCAGCCCUCGGGAAGCUUUUCCCCUUCUUCAGAAAUUGAUUUGUGUCUUUGGAAGCUCUUCUUGUAAACUGCAGUUUUAGCAGGAAUUGACCUU